GGAAACCCACCGGGAUCCCCUAACCAGAGGGCUCUCUCGGCCUUCAGCCCAGCACCUGGGACCCGCACCCGCGUGGCAUCAACCGGAUGUAGCUUUCCGAAGGCCCGUGGGGCGAGGAGGGAUGGGCGCCCUCUUUUGUUUCACCCGCCUUUUCCUGAACGGGCACCUUGGGCGUUGCCAGUGGCGCCAACUUCUCGAGGAAGAGAGGUAUGCCCUUCGUUAUUUUGGAGGGUGAUGUUUCUCAGUUUGAUCCGCAGACCACCUGGAUUGCUGAUUUGCUGAUUCCUGGGCUUUAAUCCAGAUGUACUAAAUCGGAUUCUCUGGGGGCCGGACCCCAGCCAUCUAUGCUGUGAACAAUUCUCUAGGUUUCAGGUGAAUCUAGAGCACAUUUAGUCUGGGAAACAUUGGAAUAAAUAUUUUUGUGGUCCACAAGUGAAGCAUAACGAAAGCAUUUUACUCCCAGGCAAUAGAGACUGGAGUGUCCUUUUAUUUUAUUUUAUUUUAUUUUUAAGAUUUUAUUUAUUAGAGAGAACACAAGCAGGGGGAGUGGGAAAGGGAGAAGCAGGAUUCCCACUGAGCAGGUGCCGGGCUGGAUACCAAGACCCUGGGAUCAUGACCUGAUCCGAAGGCAGACGCUUAACGACUGAGCCACCCAGGCGUCCCUGGAGUGUCGUUUUAGAAUAUCUGGAACCAGCAACUGCACAAGAAAGGAAGAGAGCAAGAACAAGGAGGAGAGGGAGAAGCAGAUUCCCCACUGAGCGGGGAGCCUGAUGCAGGACUCGAUCCCAGGACUCCGGGAUAAUGACCUGAGCUGAAGGCAGAUGCUUAACUGACUGAGCCACCCAGGCGCCCUGAGAAUAUUCUUGUUCUUAAGAGAUACACACUGAAAUAUUGAGUAAAGAGUCUGAGUCUGAGAAACUUGGAUGCAUUUCCCACCACAGGCACUGUCAUGGUCACUUCACCUCUCUGUCAGUUUCUUCAUCUGUGAAACGAUUUUAUUAUUUUAGAGAGAAAGAGAGAGAGCACAAGAUGGGGGAAGGGCAGAAGGAGAGGGAGAUGCAGACUCCCCGCUGAGUAGGGAGCCCUACCCAGGGCUCGAACCCAGGACCCCAGGAUCAUGACAUGAGCCAAAGACGGACGCUUAACCAACCGAGCCACCCAGGAAUUCACUGGCGCCAUCAACAGAUGAAAUUAGGAAUAUAGAAAGCCGGGGAAUAAAAAAAAAAACAAAAAAACAAAAAACCUAAAGGAGGAAAUCAUACCAAAAUGAAGAUGUUCUACAGUACCAGGCAAACUGGAGGUCUCAAUAAAUGUGUUGGAAUCCAUGGAAGGGUGAGAUGGGAGGAUUGACGGAUGGGUCAGAAAACGAAAUUUCAAAGCAUUAAACUUCGUAAAUUGUGGCGACCACCGUAGCUUAACUGCGUUGCAGGUGGGCAGAAGCGCCAUAGAGGUGAGUCAUGGCAUGGCAAUGAGGUCAUAGAACUGUGAGGCCAAAGUAAGUCAUUAACAUUUAACAUCUGCUGGCAAAACUGAGGCGCAGAGCAAGGAGUAGCAGGACUCCAGGGUCUCCAGGACCUGGAAUUUGGUCCAGGCCCCACUUUUCAAGCAUCAACCCGCCCGCAAUAACAAGAGGCUGCAGAGGGGGCCAAGAACCGUUAGGGAGAUAAGGAAGGUGGUUCAGAAUAGUGCUCAGUAGCUCCGACCCCAAAGCCCACAAUCACCCACUACGGACACGAGGCUGAUCACGAGGCACGAGACUGCCUGCUGACAGCGUCAACUGCCCCUACACUUUCUCGUCCAGUACAUUUUACUCUCGAGAGUUCUUUUUCACAGCUCCCAGAGUCCAACGGCCGGAGGGACGAGCGCCGCAGGCCUUGCCUCCAGGGAGCUGCCACUAGCGCCCAAGCUUUGCUUUCACAGGAUUUGGCUAGGCGGGCUGCCAGACAGGCCAGCUCUCCUGGACAUCACGUGACGUGGGGAGGUGACCUGCAUUUCUUCUGAUACAAACCUACAGAUUAUGAGUUCAAAAACAGGGGCUGUAUCAGUCGAACCAACGACCCGGCGUCUGGGCCUAGCUGUCCCCGAAAAUCCCUCCCUUACGAAGGGCUCAACACCACCCGGCAAAGGAAGGCGCAACCGGAAGGGGCGGGGAUCCACCCGGACGCGGAGCUUCCGCCACCAUGGCUUCCCGUGGGGUCGUUGGCCUUUUCCUCCUCUCUGCUCUCCCCUUCUUGUGUCUGGAGCUCCGGCGUGGGAUCCCCGAUCUAGGAGUUAAAGAUCUAAUUCUGCUGUGUGGUCGGAUUCUCUUACUGCUUGCUCUUCUUACUUUAAUGAUUUCUGUGACUACCUCAUGGCUUAAUUCAUUUAAAUCGUCCCAAGUGUAUCUGAAAGAAGAAGAAGAGAAGAAUGAGAAAAGGCAAAAACUUGUCAGAAAAAAACAACAAGAGGCACAGAGUGAAAAGGCCAGCAGAUACAUAGAGAACGUUCUAAAACCUCACCAGGAAAUGAAGUUGAGAAAACUGGAAGAACGCUUUUAUCAGAUGACGGGUGAAACCUGGAAGUUGAGCAAUGGUCAUAAACUUGGGGGUGACGAGGAUUUGGCACUUGAAAAUGAGAGUCAGACAGCUUUUAAAACAUCAAACAGAGAAGCAGCAAAGAGACGAAACUUGCCUAAGCCUUUAAGUAAAAUUUCACCAUCUGCUGAGCAGCCCAUGCAGAAGGAGGUUCUUAGUCUCCCUGAAGAACCUCCUGAAACAGCUGAAGAAAUAGUUACUGUUGCUCUCCGAUGUCCAAGUGGGUGUGUCCUGAGGAGAAGAUUUCUUAAGUCUUGCAGUUCACGGGUCUUACUUGACUGGAUGAUGAAAAUCGGGUACCACACAUCCCGAUACAGCCUUUCUACUUCCUUUCCCAGACGGCCUCUGGAAGUGGAGGGGGGCUGGUCACUGCAAGACACAGGAAUAACUGUGGAUACCGUACUCAUUGUGGAGGAGAAAGAGCAGAGCAACUAAUUAAGAAAUGAGAACUACCUGUUCUUCAUAAAAUCAGUGAUGCCAUGACUUUACAGGACAAUAAAGGAUUCACAUGAAAAUUACGCCAUUCCUUGACCGAGCUCAAGGAGGUAAACACUUGAAUGUUGAUAUCCUUGGGAACAUAUGGACAUAAAGGAUUAGAAAAGGAUUGCUCUCUGCAUAUAAUAGUUUUUGGAAUGUGCUGUCUUAUAAUGUCCCAAAUGAAAACUAGAUAAAAAUGUAUACAGUAAGGCACUCAAUGGUUUGUAUUUUUCCUGGCUGACAUCAUUUAUCACUAUGUUGAAAAACAAAGUCAUACAACUCUUUUUUCUGCCUCUGCAGUCCACCUUGCCACACUGAACAUUUCACAGUUCAAACUCUCUAAAAUCUUUUAAGUAGGAAUGUUUGUUCUGCUUCUAGAAAUUAAACUUUAAAGACAUUUCAAAGGUCUUUAAUGCUUUAAACUUCUUUUUGAUAUCUGAUAAAGGGUUAGUAUCCAAAAUGUGUAAAGAACUUAUAAAACUCAACACCCAAAAAACAAAUAAUCCAAUUUAAAAUGGGCAGAAGACAUGAACAGACAUUUCUCCAAAGAAGACACAGAUGGCCAACAGACACAUGAAAAGAUGCUCAACAUCACUGAUCAUCAGGGAAAUGGAAAUCGAAACUACAAUGAGCUGUUACCUCAUACCUAUCAGAAUGGCUAGAAUCAACAACACAAGAAACAACAGGUGUUGGCAAGAAGGUAGAGAAAAAGGAACUCUCUUGCACUGUUGGUGGGAAUGCAAACUGCUACAGCCACUAUGGAAGACAGUAUGGAGUUUCCUCAAAACAUUAAAAAUAGAACCACCCUACGAUUCAGUAAUUGCACUACUAGGUAUUUACCCAAAGAAUACAAGAACACUAAUUCAAAGAGAUACAUGCACCCCUGUGUUUAUAGCAGCAUUAUUUACAAUAGCCAAGAUAUGGAAGCAGCCGAAGUGUCCCAUCAGUUGAUGAAUGGAUAAAGAAGAGAUGGUACACACACACACACACACACACACAGGAAUAUUAUUCGGCCAUAAAAAGAAUGCAAUUUGCCAUUUGCAGUGACAUGGAUGGAGCAAGAGAGUAUAAUGCUAAGCGAAAUCAAAGAAAGACAAAUACCGUAUGAUUUCAUUCAUGUGGAAUUUAAGAAACAAAACGGGAAAAGACAAACCAAGAAACAGACUCUUAACUGUAGAGAACAAACUGAUGGUUGUCAGAGGGGAGGUGGGUGGGGGAUGGUUGAAAUAGGUGAUGGGGAUUAAGGAGGGCACUUGUCAUGAGCACCAGGUGAUUAAAAUAAAAACUUAAAUGAAAAAAAAGUUUUUUUUAAUAAAGAUCUUUUUGAAAGGUAUGUAUUGUUUACUGAAUUAAUGUCAAGAUUUAUUUAAUUUCACCUUGCAUUAAAUUGGAACAUUUACAAGUUCUGGGAUCAGUAUUUUAAAAAUAAAACAAUGAAAACAUUAAAAUAUAGGUGAAUUUUUUAAAUAUAUAUGUAUCUCUGGUCAUUUCAUUUUCCUGCAGUGUUAUAGUCAUGUACUUUAAUACCAAGUUCAACUCACAAGUGUGGGAUAUAAAAAGAUCUUUGUUGUGGUCACUCCCUUUUUCUUUUCCUAUGUGUGUUGUCAGUUAAGUUGACUCCUCUGUGUAUUGGCCUCUCUUUAAUGCUCCUUUUACCUCUUGUGUAGAAUUUAUUACACUGUAUUAUCGCUGUGUUUUUCUUUUCCCAAAUACAUAAUUCCUUAAAAGCAA